UUUGCGUUGUUCAGCGUUUUGGGGGACAUCUGAUGCUCAGAGGGAAGGAUUUGCCGGUAGGAGCAGCAGAGCCAUGGGGAACGGACGCUCAUUCAGCGCCUUUGAUCGGGAGGUCACGGCACUGGCAGCAAUGUGCUGCCCAGCGCAUUUCAGGAGCCAUCUGACGGACCGCGGGCUUCUGGAAAAGUCACGGGAAUGGGCGCUGUGUGGGUGAGGCUGUCGCAGCGUUGCAGGUGCAGUAAGCCCGCAGGAGCCCUGGCGGGACUCCACAGGCCGUACACCCAUCCGUGUGCAUGCCUGCGUGUGUGAGUGUGCUCCAUGGGCGCCUCGAGCGCGGCUCCCCAUGGCCGGCCAGCGGGACUACAGCUCCCAGCGGCUCCCGCCCACAUCCCGCGCCUGCGCACGCAGUCUCUCGGGCGGAGGUGGCCCCCUGUUCUUUGAGCGCGAACCCGGCUGCGGCAGGACUACAUCUCCCAGCGGCCCCCGCGCACAUCCCGCGCCUGCGCAACCGGAGACGGCCCGGCCGCACUCCGCCGUUGUCGCCGUCGGUGGGUGGGUGGGGGAAGGGAGCGAGCGGGAGGAGGAGGAGGGAGGGGGGGGAGAGUUGAGAGUUCACCCGCCGCCGUCGCUGCCAGGCCGGACUCAUGAUUCCCAUAUGCCCGGUAGUUUCGUUCACCUAUGUGCCCAGCCGGCUGGGGGAAGAUGCCAAAAUGGCCACCGGCAACUACUUUGGAUUCACCCACAGCGGGGCUGCUGCCCAGUACAGCCAGCAGCCAGCUUCGGGUGUAGCCUAUUCCCAUCCAACCACAGUUGCCAGCUACACUGUGCACCAGGCCCCGGUGGCGGCACACACGGUCACUGCAGCCUAUGCCCCGGCCGCAGCCACGGUGGCGGUGGCCAGGCCUGCCCCGGUGGCUGUGGCAGCUGCUGCCACGGCUGCUGCCUACGGUGGCUAUCCCACAGCACACACAGCUACAGACUAUGGCUACACACAGCGGCAACAAGAAGCUCCACCACCACCACCUCCUGUCACCACGCAGAAUUACCAGGAUUCCUACUCUUAUGUUAGAUCCACUGCCCCGGCUGUGGCGUACGACAGCAAACAAUAUUAUCAGCAGCCAACCGCGACUGCGGCGGCCGUGGCUGCUGCUGCCCAGCCACAGCCCUCAGUGGCUGAGUCCUACUACCAGACAGCUCCAAAAGCAGGAUAUAGCCAAGGGGCAACUCAGUACACCCAAGCCCAGCAAACGCGGCAAGUGACAGCUAUAAAACCUGCAACCCCGAGUCCAGCAACAACGACAUUUUCCAUAUAUCCGGUGUCCUCGACUGUGCAGCCAGUGGCAGCUGCAGCCACUGUUGUUCCAUCCUAUACUCAGAGUGCGACGUACAGCACAACAGCAGUAACUUACUCUGGUACCUCCUAUUCUGGCUAUGAAGCUGCAGUGUAUUCAGCUGCAUCAUCCUAUUACCAACAGCAGCAGCAGCAACAACAGAAACAGGCGGCAGCAGCAGCUGCUGCUGCUGCUGCAACAGCUGCUUGGACAGGGACCACCUUUACUAAAAAGGCACCAUUCCAAAAUAAGCAACUGAAACCAAAACAGCCUCCCAAACCACCCCAGAUCCACUACUGUGACGUUUGCAAGAUCAGCUGUGCUGGACCACAGACUUACAAAGAACACUUAGAAGGCCAGAAACACAAAAAGAAAGAAGCAGCAUUAAAAGCUUCCCAGAACACCACCAACAACAGUACUUCUGCUCGUGGAACUCAGAAUCAGUUGCGCUGUGAGCUCUGUGAUGUGUCUUGUACCGGGGCAGAUGCUUAUGCUGCCCAUAUCCGUGGAGCCAAGCAUCAGAAAGUAGUAAAGUUGCAUACAAAACUUGGCAAACCCAUUCCUUCGACUGAACCAAAUGUGGUUACCCAAGCUACUUCCUCAACAUCCACAUCUGCUUCCAAGCCAACGGCCUCUGCUUCAAAUAUAGCAACUAGCAGCAGUACAGUGAACUCCUCUGUUGCGUCUUCUGCAGUGAAAGUUCUUACUCCCACGGCAAACACACCACUUAACACUGCAUCCAACAACAAAACAUCUUCAACCGCUGCUAACAUAGCUGUAAAGAAAAUAUCUACACCGAAAAUAAACUUUGUUGGCAAGUACAGAAGUGGUAAUAAGCUUCAGACAACAGGAAGUAAAAUGGAAGAAAUGAAAUCAGCAGAAAGUGUUAAAACACCUCCUGCUGCUACAGUGCAAACACAGGAAGUAAAACCUGACACAGCAGCUGAACCAGUGACUCCCACAACUCUUGCUGCCUUGCAAAGUGAUGUCCAACCAGUGGGCCAUGACUAUGUGGAGGAGGUAAGGAAUGAUGAAGGAAAGGUGAUUCGCUUUCACUGUAAACUCUGUGAAUGCAGUUUCAAUGAUCCUAAUGCCAAGGAGAUGCAUUUGAAAGGGCGGCGGCACAGACUUCAGUACAAGAAAAAAGUAAACCCAGACUUACAAGUAGAAGUGAAGCCCAGUAUUCGAGCAAGAAAAAUUCAAGAAGAAAAGAUGAGGAAACAGAUGCAGAAAGAAGAAUACUGGAGAAGGCGAGAAGAGGAGGAACGCUGGAGGAUGGAAAUGAGACGAUACGAAGAGGACAUGUACUGGAGGAGAAUGGAGGAAGAACAGCAUCACUGGGAUGACCGUCGCAGAAUACCAGAUGGAGGAUAUCCUCAUGGCCCUCCAGGACCACUAGGUCUGCUGGGAGUUAGACCUGGAAUGCCUCCUCAACCCCAAGGACCAGCACCUCUGCGCCGCCCUGACUCCUCUGAUGACCGCUAUGUGAUGACCAAGCAUGCUGCUAUAUAUCCAACUGAGGAGGAACUUCAGGCAGUCCAAAAAAUUGUUUCUAUUACUGAGCGUGCUUUGAAGCUGGUUUCUGACAGCAUGACUGAUCAUGAAAAAAGCAAGAACAAAGAGGGAGAUGACAAAAAGGAUGGCAGUAAAGACAGAGCUUUGAAAGGCGUUUUACGGGUGGGCGUUUUGGCUAAAGGUUUGCUGCUCCGUGGAGACCGAAAUGUCAAUCUUGUUUUGUUGUGUGCUGAGAAGCCCUCCAAGACAUUACUCAGUCGUAUUGCUGAAAGCCUCCCUAAGCAACUUGCAGUAAUAAGUCCAGAGAAAUACGAUAUCAAGUGUGCAGUCCCAGAAGCAGCAAUAAUUUUAAAUUCGUGUGUGGAACCCAAAAUGCAAGUUACAAUCACACUGACAUCUCCAGUCAUUCGGGAAGAGAACAUGAGGGAUGGAGAUGUAACCUCGGGUAUGGUGAAAGACCCACCGGACGUCUUGGACAGGCAAAAAUGCCUUGACGCUCUGGCUGCUCUACGCCACGCUAAGUGGUUCCAGGCUAGAGCUAAUGGUCUGCAAUCCUGUGUGAUUAUCAUACGUAUUCUUCGUGACCUCUGUCAGCGGGUUCCUACUUGGUCUGAUUUUCCAAGCUGGGCUAUGGAGCUGCUUGUGGAAAAAGCAAUUAGCAGCGCAACUGGACCACAGAGUCCUGGAGAUGCACUGAGAAGAGUUUUUGAGUGUAUAUCUUCAGGAAUCAUCCUUAAAGGUGGUCCUGGCCUUCUGGACCCUUGUGAAAAAGAUCCUUUUGAUACACUUGCUGUAAUGACAGAUCAGCAACGAGAGGAUAUUACUUCAAGUGCACAGUUUGCGUUGAGACUCCUUGCGUUCCGGCAGAUACACAAAGUUCUAGGAAUGGAUCCAUUACCACAGAUGAAUCAACGCUUCAACAUCCAUAAUAAUCGUAAAAGGAGAAGGGACAGUGAUGGGGUUGAUGGGUUUGAAGCAGAGGGAAAGAAGGACAAAAAAGAUUAUGAUAACUUUUAAAAAUGUUUGUCAUCAUUGCUAAUAUUGAUGGUAAUGAAAAGUCCAUUUGUUGCCUUGCUUUUACUUCAUUCAUAAUGAUGUCUGUUUAAAACAUCCAAAACCAGCUUCUGAAUUAGACUUGGAAGAGAACAACCUAGCUCUUCUGUGAGAUUCUGAGUAUUUUAAUUGGAUGUACUGUACCGGACAAAUUAUGGAUGGAAAGACUGCAAAUGGAAACUUGUCAUAGGAAAACACAGUUUUCCCUCUUUGUGUUUUCUUUAAAUGUGUUGCUAAGUUUAGUAUCUUUUCUUCUUUUUUUUUUGUCUUUUUUAUUAACAAGUGCAUUGUCUUCCUAUCUUGACUGUAUUUAACGCAGCAUUUGUGCUUCUGUUGCUAUGUGUAUUUUGACUUUUUGUUUAGAAGUAUUUUUGUUUGCCUUUGACACUAGUUUAUGAGUUACUUUGUGUUAGGUAGUAAAACAGUUCCCCUCCCAAUUAAUAUUUUACAGAAGGGGUUUUUUUUCCUUUUUUUGUAAAGUGAGACUGCAGGAUCAUGUUUUUUUCUAAAUGUGAAGGGGUUACAACACAAUUGUCCUGCCAUUUGAGUGCUCAGAAUUAAAUGUUUUUGCCAAUCUUGUGGCAUUUGUCUCCUUAGUGUGAUAUAACGGUGUAAUUAAGACAAAUUUGUGUUAAUCUAAUCGAGUUUGCUGUUAGUUGUGCAUUAGCAGUAUAAAAGCUAAUAUAUACAGUAUGGUCUUGCAACAGUUUUAAAGCCGCUGCAUAAUUGAUCAAAGAUUUGCAUGAUGGGUUUUGUUUUUCUUUUUUUAAUAGAAGGGCUUUAAAAACUAUUAUCUUAGGUUAAAUGCAUAGGUCUUUGUAUGAUUGACUUCGUGACAUAGCAAGGCCAAAAAAUAACUUUCUGAAUUUCUUUUCUCAACAAGCAAAGGUGGGCAUUUUCCAUUUAGACAAAGUUAGUCAUUCUUUUCAGUCAACUUUGUCGGUAUGGUAUUAAUGCCUCUCAGCCCUUAAAAUAAAUGUUUGUCAUAUCAGUGCCUGUGAGGUUAUUCCUUAUAUCUGUUCCUGUAUAAACUUUGUGAUUUUUUUCAAUAAUUCAAAUUUUAAAAGUGAAGUAUUACUUAAAAAGUGAAGGUUAUCAAAGAAAAAAACCCAGAAAAUUAUUUGCUGUGGCCAUAGUGUAUGCUUAUGUCUCUUUCAAAAAUCUAAAUAUAGCAGUGGUGUAAGUAAAGUUACAUCAUACUGUUGAUGUAUGCUCUGGUACACAGGUGUGAUUUGUUGUCACAGCACUACAGUGGAAUACACAAAUAAAAGUUAAAAUUUAUUAAGCGACUAAAUUUCAUUACACACUGGAAACUGAAUUUUCACUUACUCUGUUAAAUGUGUAUUAUGCUUUGUUGCAAACCCAUAAAACACAGAUUAACAUAGACUAACAUUCCGAUAGCUACUUUAUUGAUGGCUGUAGAAGAGUAUCACAUGUGACAAAGAUAAUUUGUUAUUUCUGAUACCAUUUAUUAAGAAAAGCCCAACUUCUGUUCCAUUUCAAGGUCGAAUUUAUCUUUGACCUUUUUAAUAAGCAACUAUUGGAGCAGGGGGCAUGUUUCUGUUCCCAGCAUCUACUGCUAACCAGUGUGGGCCUAUGGAAUAAAAAUACAAUAUUUUAGAAAAACUGAGGGAAUCUAAAGACUUAAAAAAGAAAAACACUUAAUAAUAGUGUUCUGCAAGCAUCAGAGUGCAAUUUUCAAGGGAGUGAUUAUAAGGGGUUAGCAUAUAAAAGUAAAGCUUUCUCAUUGUAGGAAAGCUUUCUAAAUAAUUAGAAAUACAAAAAGCAGAAAUGCUUUGAAGUUACUUAAAAAAUUACACUCAUUUUGUUGUCCAGCCUUCAUGCAUAGCUCCAAGCAUAUGCUUGUUCUAGGGGAUAUCUUGCUGCCAUUGUGUCUAGUUAGCCAUUACUAUUUAUUUUGAAAGCUACAGGUGCUAUUCAUGUGGCUAGUUCAACUCCAUACCAAAGUUUCUUUCCUCAUAAGGCAAACUUGUCUAUUCAGGAAUGUGACCCUAAAAGGAUUAAAAAGGUCAAAGAUGUAUUUUAGAUUUUCUGUAUUUUUGUUCUACUGGCUUUUAGCUCCUAACCAGUUUCUGGAUCUUUUGAAAUAUUGUAUACUUAAAGUGAUUCCACAUUAAAUAUGAAGCUGUGACCAUGA